UAAUAUAUAAAUAGCGAAUGCAGUUUUAAAGUCAGUUGUAUUAUAUUGUGGGUAGGUACUUAAUCACAGCUACUAAUACAAGAAUAAUUUAUUUACCAUCUAAGAAAACAAGUAAAAAUUUGUGCAUUAAAACAAAAUCCGUAAAAUGGAUACUUUAAGACCGAGUCCUGUACUGCAAUUUAAUCCAAAUCAAAUACAAGAAGUACGUAAAUUGUUCAACUAUGAUGAUGCCAAAAAACUUGAGCAGGAUCUGGACACCUUUGAAGCCUGGAUUGCGAAACAAAAUCAUUUUCUCGUUAAACGUUUUGACAGAAACUAUUUAGAGCGUCUCUUGAUAGCAAGCAAGGGUUCCGUGGAGACCGCUAAAAAGCGCCUCGACAAAUUGUGCUCAUUUAGACGAGCAUUGCCGGAGUUUUUAACUAACUUUGACAUGAAGAAUGAGUUCAUUCCUAAAAAGAAGUGGUGCCACACAAGUAUCAUGCCAAAACCAACAGCCGAUAACUACAGAGUCAUUGUGACACGCGUCCACGACCCUGAGGCGGCGGACUCUGUAGAUUUCAUGCACUACUACAGAUUUUGUAUAGCGAUGCUGGACUACAUGUUCAACCGUGACUACAACGCUGGCUACGAAGUAGUCUUUGACACGAGAAACUACACUCUCGGUGUCGUAUCUAAAUUGAACCCACUGGCUAUGAGGAAAGCUGUUUCUGUUUAUUUGGAAGCUAUAAGUUUGAGAUUAAAAUACUUGCACGUGAUAAGCGGAUCGAAGCUGUUCGAUGCAAUUUUAAAAAUUCUCAAACAAGCACUGACAGAGAAGUUGACACAUAGAAUUAUCGUCCACGACAGUAUGGAGUCACUCCAUAAAUACGUUUCACCAGAAAUUUUACCCGCAGACUAUGGUGGCAAGGACAAAUGUCUUAAGGAUUUAUUUGAGGCAUUUCUCGAUGAAAUGUGUACCGAUGAAAAUAUUGAACAUCUCAAGGAAUCGGAGAAAGCCAAAACGGAUGAAUCCCACAGAAUCACGCUCAAGUUUGACGAAGAGUAUCUGGGAAUGCCAGGAUCUUUCAAAACAUUAUGCGUUGAUUAAUGUGAAUUAAGAGCCAGUUUCAUGACUUGGUGAUAAGGUCACUGAUAGCCUAUUUAUAACUUUUUUAAUGUAUAAGUUCAUACAUUAUUAGGCAUUUUGGCUGACAGAUAAUUUUAUAGAACAUAAUAUUCAGAAAUUGUAAAAUUGGGUUUAUUUUUUUUAGGUGAUGAUUUUUGUUACAGUGUUUUUCCUAUUAGUUUCUAAUUCCUAAUUCCUAUUAUAUGCAGUUGCUAAUACUAUCGAUGCAGGGAUUAUUUUUUGAGGUUUUGGUCUUAUCUUUUACAAUUUUCAAAGGUAAAUAUGUAUUUAAUUAUAUUGUUUGAAAAUAUAAAAACGUGUUUUCUA